CACUGUGAAAACCAGACCAGACUAACCAACCUUUCUCAUUUCAUGAUCCUGAUUCAUCGUUUCCUCUCUCUCUCUCUCUCUCUCUCUCUCUCUCUCAAGCAAAAUUCCACGUUCAAUCUCUGUUCCAGGCUUCUAGUACUUCCUGGCAAUGUCUCUCUCCAUCUUUCUCUUAUGGCUUGUCAGUAUUCCUCUCGCAGUUGAUGCUGUUCGUUCUCCUCCUAGAGGCUUUCGCAUCAACUCUGGCGGAUCGAAGGAAAUCGUUGUGGGUAGCCUUGACUGGAUCGCCGACGACGGUUUCAUCACCGUCGGGAACAAAACCACGCUGGACGACCCAAACUUGAUGCCCCUUUUGUCCACUUUGAGGUUCUUCCCCGACAAGUCUGCUCGCAAGUACUGCUACGAGAUCCCGGUGAGCAAAGGAGGGAAAUACAUGAUUCGAACAAUUUAUUACUAUGGGGGUUUUGAUGGAGGGAAGGUGCCUCCAGUUUUUGAUCAGAUCAUUGAAGGGACCAAAUGGAGCGUGGUUAAUACAACAGAUGAUUUUGCUAAUGGCCUCAGCUCCUACUAUGAGAUCAUUGUCGUCACUCGUGUGAAGAUGAUGAGCGUUUGUCUUGCCAGGAAUGAGCACACCGUCUCUAGUCCAUUUAUCAAUGCGUUAGAGUUGGAUAUCCUAGAGAGUUCCAUGUAUAACUCGACUAAUUUCUCCAAGCAUGCUCUUAUUACUGUAGCUCGAAAUUCCUUCGGCUACGAUGGCGAUAUGAUCAGCUUUCCAGAUGAUGCAUUCAACCGAUAUUGGCAACCAUUCAAAGACUCCAACCCUAUUGUUGCUAGCCAGUCUAAUGUAUCUUCAGAAGAUUUUUGGAACUUUCCACCAUCCAAGGUGUUUCUGUCGGCCAUCACUACCAGCCCAGGCAAGGCGCUCCAUAUACAGUGGCCAACUGUGCCGCUCCCCAGAAGCAACUAUUACAUUGCCCUCUACUUCCAAGAUAAUAGAAGCCCAAGCCCAUACAGCUGGAGAGUCUUUAAUGUUACUGUGGAUGGUAUGAAUUUCUAUAAUGACCUCAAUGCAACAGACAAGGGUGUCUCAGUCUAUGCCACAAGUUGGCCUCUCUCUGGGACAAUAGAGAUCAUCUUGACUCCAGGGGAGGAAGUGCCUGUUGGGCCUAUCAUUAAUGCAGGGGAGAUACUUCAAAUAUUUCCUCUUGGUGGAAGAACUCUUACUAGAGAUGUGAUGGCAAUGGAAGACAUAGCAGAAAAGCUAAACAACCCACCCCCUGAUUGGCAUGGAGAUCCAUGUCUACCCCAUGAAAACUCAUGGACAGGGGUUUCAUGUUCUCAGGGACAUCUUGCACGAGUUACCACUUUGAACCUAACAAACCUUGGCCUGUCUGGAACACUUUCCCCAAGCGUAGCCAAUUUAACUGCACUGGCUCAUCUUUGGGCUGGGGGAAACAAGCUCACAGGCACUAUUCCAAAUCUGCUUCAAUUGAAUGAGUUGGUGACCUUACAUUUGGAGAACAACCAGUUUGAAGGGCCCUUCCCCCAAUCACUGGGGAAGCUCGCAAAGCUACGUGAGAUAUUCCUCCAAAACAACAACCUCCAGGGUACUGUUCCUGACAUCCUAAAGAAGAAACCUGGAUUGAAUAUUCAGGUGUCUCCUGGAAAUCAUCUUACUGAAUCAGUAUGAACACAAAACAAGAGGGAUUAGAGGAGCAACAAGAAAUUGCUGCACUGGUUGAAGACACAGGGAAGGGAUUGUCCAGUCUCCCUUAAUUCCUACAAGCUUGAACUUGGUCCUGGAAACUGAGAUAUGAGGCUCACCAGUGAGGAGGGCGAAAGACAGAGAGAAGACAAUUAAAGAGAAGCUUAGAGAUCUAAAUUUUCUUGUUUGAACAUAUACAGGGAAAGACUUUCUUACCCUAAGUAAUGUGCUUCCCUAUAUAUGUCUCCAUAGAAAACACAGCUUUUCAUUCUUUUUGCACCAAAUACAAAAUUGUAGAAAAAGAAUGUUUGGGUAAAUAAGCGUUGCAGCUUACAUUCCAUGAAGGAAAAAAGAACUAAU